CACAUCACAUCAUCGUGCGGACUGAUCUCAUUUGGACGACGUUUCAGAACUUGCUGAGUAGUGAGAGGUGCAAGAAGUGCUGGUUAGAGUCGUGAAACAAAUUCCGAGGAGUACGAUCUUCUUCUCGCUUGUCAUCCGAGGUGAGCAAAUCAAUGAAGAAAGUAUUAUUUCCGUGGAACCAGACCACCACUACUAGCAUCAUCCACGUCGAUCAGAAGAUCUGCCUUUUCACCCUAGAUUUCUAGUCUUCUUAUGCAGUCUCCUAACACGGCGUGAACAACCAUCCCUUCCCGACCAGACAGAGGAAACGUAGAGAAAACACACUAGAUCAGUGAAUUCGACCCAACUUACCACACCCCUCCCUAUUCCGGAACAUCACGGUCGAUUUCCCCCCGUAGAAGUGCACUACCCCACCGACAUUUCUGACAUUGAUCCGCGUUUCUCCGUUUACAUUAUCUUAUGCGUCUGAAACUCUUUUUCGCGCUCUCCUCAUCCAACCAACGAGUCGAGAUCGAGGGCGAUUUUUUCGCGGACGCACCGAGAUUUCAGCUCGAUCCUCCAGCCUCAACUCAAAGAGGUCAUUUACACGAUCAGACGGACGAGAGAACACGUUCAGGAAAGUUACUCAAACGAGAAGCUCCUGGCUGGCGGGUGGCUGAAUGAAAGCUCGCAUCCAAGUGGUCCACGCGCAAAUCCUAUCCGGAUCUGAUGAGAAUAUCUCACACUUGGCGCAAACUCUCUUUGAAUUGAUGUCCAGUUGAACAAUAAUUUGCUCUCCAAAGUGUCUCUCGUAUUCGUGCUCACGCCUGACCAAGUCUGUCACGAAGGAAAACCGGAUAUUGAAUUGACACAACAAGGGACAAAGCACCUAGAAGAUACGUGCUAACCAUACUAGAAAGGAUUAGGCCGAAAAUUCCAAAAAACCUCGAAAGGUCUGGCAAUCGAUUCUCGAGUCAAUUGGCGCGUCAGUCGUAUGGCCUUGUGAUUCGAGCCACAGGACUGCCGUAAGGACAGAACAAUGGCUCUCUGUCGAGGGAUUCUCAUAGCCAUUCUGGUUGUGGACUUGGUACAUUGCCAUUUCAUCAACCAAUGGGCAGUCGAGAUUGAAGAUGAAAGCCAAGUUGAGGCUGUGGCUGCCCAAUUGAAUUGCCGAAACAAAGGUAAAAUUUUGGACGGAAUCUUUUUAUUUGAGCACGACCAUGUAACGAAGCGAUCCGCAAAUCCACACGAUGGUGCUCACCAAAGCAUCACAGAACACGCUCAUGUGAAAUGGGCAGAACAACAGAAGGUAUUAUCACGAAAAAAGAGACAAAUGUGGCGACUCCCGCCUCCCUCUCAAGCUCAGAAAUACGAAGACUUUCUGAAUCUCAAUGACCAAAGGUGGCCUCAGAUGUGGUACUUAAAUCGAGGCGGCAAACUUGAUAUGAAUGUGCAAGAGGCGUGGUUGGCCGGAGCCACGGGAAAAGGUGUGUCUAUUACCAUCUUGGAUGACGGCAUUGAGCGAUCCCAUCCAGAUUUAGUAGCAAACUAUGACCACAUGGCCAGUUAUGACGUCAAUGACAACGACGACGAUCCCACCCCGAGAUACGACUUGAUAGAUUCUAAUCGGCACGGAACUAGAUGUGCUGGCGAGGUUUCGGCUACUGCAAACAAUUCGGAAUGUGCCGUUGGAAUCGCGUACGAAUCCGGCAUUGGUGGUGUUCGUAUGUUAGAUGGCGAUGUGACUGAUGCGGUUGAAGCUCGCUCAUUGAACUUGAACAAUCAACACGUGGCCAUUUACUCAGCCAGUUGGGGUCCUGACGAUGAUGGAAAAACUGUGGAUGGACCUGGGCGCUUGGCUACGCAAGCCUUUCUCCAAGGGAUUGCCAAAGGCCGUGGUGGCAAAGGGUCCAUUUUCGUGUGGGCAAGUGGAAAUGGUGGACGAGACAAAGACAAUUGUAACUGUGAUGGCUACACUAAUUCCGUUUGGACCCUGUCCGUAAGCUCAGCCACAGAAAAUGGCUUCAUUCCAUGGUAUUCCGAAGCUUGCUCUUCCACGUUGGCUUCCACCUACAGUUCGGGAUCUUCCGGCGAAAGAAAGGUGGUGACAACGGAUCUCCAUCACAUUUGCACAUCAUCUCACACGGGAACCAGUGCAAGCGCACCCUUGGCCGCCGGAAUCGUGGCCUUGAUUCUCCAGGUUAAUCCCAGUCUGAAUUGGCGCGAUGUUCAACACUUGACAGUACGAUGCGCGCACGUUGCCAAUCUCCGAGCCACGGACUGGGCAGUCAAUGGCGUGGGUCGUAACUUUUCCCAUUCUUUCGGAUACGGGAUCAUGGACGCCUCUUGUAUGGUCCGGACAGCGCGUGUGUGGGAAGGUGCGGGUGAACAACGAAAAUGUUCAAGAUCUGCGGAUCGGAUCGAUUUAAUCAUUCCUGGACGACAAGCUAAUAAGGCUACGAUACAAGUGAAAGACUGCUCGGGGGAUGGAGUGAACUUCCUUGAACAUGUUCAAGCUCAAGUGACGUUGUCGGCCACGAAACGUGGUGAUGUGGCCAUCUUCCUGAUCUCUCCUUCGGGAACAAGGUCAAGCUUAAUCGCUAAACGACCCCGGGAUUACUCUCGGGCAGGUUUUCAAGGCUGGCCUUUCUUGACGGUCCAUAUGUGGGGCGAAUCUCCUGUUGGAACUUGGACGUUAGAGGUUCAUAAUGAUGGACGAUCCAUCGUGGAACUCAAGGAAUGGAGCCUCUCCUUCUUGGGCACUUCCGAAGAACCUCAAAUCGUCAAGGCUGAACCUAGCCCCGAGAGCCCGUCGCCCUCUGACAAGCCUCCUGUUCCAUCGGGUCCUAUUGCACCAGUCGACGGAGCCGAAGUGCCCAAUUUGUCGGUUCCUGGUUCGAAUCUAGAUGAUGUGUCUAAACAAAUGACAACUCAAUCUCAAGUGAUCGCCCACUGCAAAGAGCAAAUGAGUCAGGAAUGGUGUUCCGUCUGCGAGACGGGCUUUAUUCAACACAACGGCCGAUGUGUGGACUCGUGUCCGGCUCAAGGAUAUUUUCUAGGCGAAUCCAAUCGAGCCAGUGCCUGCAUUGCAUGUUACUACUCCUGUCAGACUUGCAAUGGACCCAACGAUUAUCAGUGUUCGUCGUGUUUCGGCGACGCCACGUUGGAAGAAGAAUCUCCCACGCAACGUUUUUGUUACAACAAAUCGUUGAUCCAGCGUGUGUUCUACUCAUCCAGAUGGUAUUACGUCUUGUCCGUGGGUUUCUUGAUCAACCUCUUCAUCGUGGUCAUCCUUGUGGUGUACAUUAUGCGAUGGCGACGAUCCCGAGACCGAGUGCUCCCCACUCGUGCCAAUGGGACCGUCAACCGCAAAUAUUCGCCCGGCAAGCUGCCCGGAGAUGCACUUCUCUCCAAUCCGUUGAAGGGGGGCAACUCCUCAUCGGCUGCCAUCACGGUGCCUUUUCAUGAUUACGACAGCUCAAGUGAGGAAGACCAGCUGUAUCGGAAACCAUACUCGGAUAAUGCGUGAUAUUUAUGUCUAUGAGGAGAUCAAAUCCAAGUGUCAUAGGAGCCACAGCAUUGUCGGAGACGCGGAAAUCGCCGAGAUUCGAGAAGUAUUCAUUCUGACCUGAAGCCACCAUCCAAUUAAAUUUAGAUUACUAUGAACCAACAUCCCUUGGUCAUGAGAUUGUUGCAAUCAAGAGACCAUCCCAGAGCUACCUUUUGUGAUAGUUGUUCAGCUAAAUAAUAAUAUUAAGUAAAACAAUCAUGUUGUGAAAGGGAUGUUAUGUGUCUCGCCUCUCCUCCUCUGCCUCCCCCUCCCCUUUUUAAUGAAAUGACCGUCCAAGCCACAUUCAGUGUGUUUGUGUGCUCAAAAGACAUGAGCAUGAAGAACCUCUGCAAUCGUGAGUGAAUGAUAUAUCUUCAUUUAAAUGCCAUGUUCAACUCUAUUUUUAUUAGAUGGCCGAACUAACCAGCUCAAGAGCUUGGGAAGCCAUUCUAGAGUAACAUCGACGAAUUUGCUAUGAUCAUUGCAAUAAAGAGAACUCGUUACCAAACGUU